UAUAAAUGACUCGCAGCAAAGCGCUGUGGACAUAACCAGCUAAAAGAAUGAAGCAUUAUCUGAUUGUGUUUUCGGCUGCUGUGGCCAUCGUGCUGCUAUCCAGAUCAGACGCUGGCAAAGGACCCAAUGUUUUGCAACGCGACGCACCGGACGCUUUCAAGGUCUUCGCAGCGUUCCCCUACGCGGUCGGCAUUUCUGACUCUGACAAUGAUACCAUCUUUGAAUGCCUGACGGCGAAGCGCAAGGACUUUGACCCCGAGGCGAAGACAGUAACUUACGUGUGGUCACUAAGUGAUGGCCCUGGCAAGAGGAAGCAUGUUGGUUUUCACCACACCGCUGGUGCAACGCCGGAUACCACAAACUUCAUAGUUGGCAAAGAUUCCGAUGAAAUGGAAGUGGCAUACGUAACUUGGAGCGACUACAAAGACUGCGCCAUCACUGAAGUUCCACACUACGGAGACCAGUGCACCCUAUGGGUGUCGAAAGCAGUGGAGGACCUUGUGCCUGAAUACUGUCUCGAGCAGUUUCACGACGUAUGCGGUGUCAUGGUGCCUCUUCACGACAGCGAUCUCUGCGAGGAUGACCAGUUUGAAGAGGAGAACGACAACUAGGCACCCAAAAAACACUUGAAAAACCGCAGUUGAUAUCCGCAUGAUGGUCACGGUAGCACAAUGAACGCGGCCAAGUUCUUUACCAAAUAAAGUUUUGCUUGGAAAUA